GAAAUACGCAUUCACUGGCGUGGGACUUCUAAACCCCCCAAAAACGCAAAACCCUUAAAACAAAACGAAGCCCCUCAUAGUCCCUAUCCAACCCAAAGCCAUGUCAUCCGCCGCCGCCGCCACAGCCGUCAGGUCCGUCCUUCGCUCCGCCUCGUCCCGAACCACCGCAGCAGCGAGGCUCACCGCUGGCGCUGGAGCCAGAGCCAGACCCACGUGCUCACCAUUUCGCAUCCCCAAACAAAACCCUCUCGCACAUCGCAUUUUCAGAUCGCCUGUGGAGAUGAGCUUCUGUGUAGAAACGCUGCUUCCGUAUCACACCGCCACUGCUUCCGCAUUACUCAACUCCAUGCUCUCCGUCUCUCGCUACGGUUGGACCCCUGAAGGGCAAGAGAAGACUAGAUGAAGAUCAAGCAUCAAAUAUGGAUUUCCUUGGAUUUGUUUUUGUUCUGUACUUUGAAAGUAUUGGUGAAUGUCAUCUUCGGUAGAUUUUAUUGCAAUGAUGAUGUAUGAUGAACGUCAGAGGGUUCGAGCAAAGUUUUAUGUACAUGCACUCUAAGACAAGGUGGUGAAAUAAAGCAUUUUUAGUAGGGAUUCUAGAUGUUUCUUGCCUGUUUACAAAGCCAGCCAAGGUGUUGAAGGAAAAUUUUAAUAACUCCAGUAGGCAGUAACUGAAUUCAUAAUUGUGUGCUUACAAAAUGAUGUUUCUAUAUAAAGAAGUUGGAUCCAUUUGGGUAUGACAAUGAUGAUAGUAAUGCUCCCUCAUCAAGUAGUUCCUUCAUCUUUAUGAUUGCAAUUCGAUAUGCUUCUUGCCUUCUGCUUUCCAUUUCAA